AUGCCGGCUAAAUACUCACAUGUAAAGAAACGCGCCUCCGCGCAACAAAGGAAGUCAAAUAGUACUAAUCACACUAGUCACUCGCAUCUACACUUCCGUCAUCCGCCUAACGACCACCGCAAUCCGAAUCCUCACCUUGAUCGUCAGAUAGGCAAGACUGUCACAGAGGCGAUGACUGCAGUGUCUCAGCUAGAGCGCGCGAUUGCUCGGAUUCUGCUAAAACGGUUCGAGCAAGAUAUAGCGCGGUUAUAUUCCACACAUCUAUAUUUUAUCGCCCUGUAUCAACUCCCCACGUUCAUCAUGCGAUGCACAGUCAUAGGUGGACCGGGAUGGGUAGCGUACAAUGCAGACUGCGAUGAAAUAAAGGAUUUCUUCCGGUCGGUCAUAAGUAUGGAUCUGCGACAAGCAGGCGAGCGAGUCGCGACGAAGAGCGUGUUGUGGUCCUACACUGCCCUUAGGCACUUUGCGAUAUCCCACAAUGUGCCUAUAUGCAAGAAACGUGGGCUCCACUCUGUCCGGCUCUUGCCACAUUACCAGGCUUUGCAAGCCCACCUCGAUUCCCUGGAAUCCAUGCCGCCACCGACGUUCACCAAGCCACCUCACUUGGGACCGAUGACCGAAGGUUUCACAAUGAUUGAAGAAGCGUGUAGAGCUAAUCCUUGUGGCGCAAGUUCAGAAGAGCUCGCAGAUCGUCUCACCCAGCUGGGCGCUGGCUAUGACCGCAUCUGCGAAACCAUCUGGCGUGUUGCAUGCGAAUUUGACGUGCGCGGAUAUGGAGGUGCUCUUCGCGAGAAGCUCACAACUAAAUGGUGCGAUUGUGGCUGUUCGACUGAUCACUUGAGCGAGGUAUGCGAAAAGACCGUGCGCGAAGAGGAGGAUUCGAGUGGCAUCCGUCCUGGGAAGGAGCGAGAAUGGGAUGGACGCGGCAGUGGUGUACUUGGCUGGGGAACCGAAGACGAAGAAGACCUCUGGGAGGUAGACUUCGACGUGAAUCCGGAACCAGGAGACAAUGACGAAAAAGCAGAAUCCAGCAUGAAUGUCAAUGAGCUCACAGAGCUUCGUUACCUCAAAGCUGAGCGCGAGAAAGAACUGGGCAAUGCUGCCUUCAAAAAAGGCGACUUCGAGCAAGCGGUCAAGCUGUACGAAGCGGCGCAUCAAGUAGAACCCGAAAUGUCCCACUACCAGCUGAAUCUUGCAGCGGCUCAUCUCAAACUACAUAACUACGCUGCAGCUGAGCUUGCGUGCGAUCUAGCUCUAGGUCAACAUCGAAGCGUUAAAGGCUAUUGGCGAAGAGCGCAAGCUAGAAAGGCCCAAGGGCGCAUGGAGGGCGCGAUACAAGAUUUACGGUCUGUUCUGAAGAUUCAGCCCACAAAUGCGGAAGCAUUAACAGACCUCUCUUUCCUUCUCAAUACAACGACCGAGUACAAUGUUGCGUCACGCUCACAGCCCUCGGCAUCUUCGUCCUCUUCUGCGCAAGCCAACCUGCGAGCGAAGCGGAGAUUACCCAAAACGCUGCCUUUUCCACGGACGGACUACGAUAAUUACAGAUUAAAGAUCUCGCCUUUGCCUCUAACCAUCGAUAUUCCGGUGGACCUUCCCUACUUCUCUCACCUGGGUGACUCUGGAGGCAAGGAAAAAUCAGGAAAACCGGUAAAACCGGAAAAUUCAGACAAACCGACAUCUCCGUCCUCCCUGAAGACGCGCCCGGAAACGUUUACGUAUCCCAGUUGGGAACGCUACGUUGUGCGGAAACUCUCUUCCUGA